UGGGCCAGAAAUACCAUUACCUAUGCUAAUUAAUUAAUUUAUGAAGAAAUAUUCCCCAGUUUGCUCAGAACGAGACUGUAUGCCUGUGGUAUCCUGCGUGUAGUGAACAAACAAAUGAAUAAUGUGGUAGCUGGUUGGCAUAGAAUCAGACAUGACGUGAUACAUUAGCAAUUCUUCCCAGCCUCAAUGAUAAUAAUAAAUACACCUAUAGAAAAAUGGUGGAUCUCGACUCGUCUCUGAAGAACUGGAUGGAAGGACAAGUCUUGCAGCAUGGAUAUUAAAUAGGAUGGGGGAUUUUUGACAGCUUGACAACGUUCUACCAUCUGAUUCUUGAAAUUGACGUCCUGGUGAUUUUCCUUUCAGGGAUUGGAUCCUCUGGGGUCGGUCCUGAUCCAUUCCAGUACAGGAGAUCCAGACCGUAUCACUAGAAACUAACAUCUUUACCAGGUCGGCUGGGAGGAUAGCAUUGAUUUCAGCAAAAAAAACUUAAGCUGCCAUCAUGUCGUCCGUCAAAGUAGCAGUGAGGGUUCGUCCCUUCAACAGCAGAGAGAUUUCCAGGGAUGCUGAGUGCAUCAUUAAUAUGCAGGGAAACACUACCGUCAUCACCCCACCUAAGGACAAGAGGGAUGGGACUCCAAAGAGCUUCAACUUCGACUAUUCCUACUGGUCACACACAAACGCAAAUGACCCGAUGUUUGCAUCACAGAACAAGGUGUACGAGGACAUUGGUCUGGAGAUGUUGGACCAUGCGUUCGAAGGCUACAAUGUGUGUAUCUUUGCAUAUGGCCAGACUGGGUCGGGGAAGAGCUACACCAUGAUGGGCAAGAAUGAGCCGGGGCAACAGGGGAUCAUUCCUCAGCUUUGUGAUGAUUUAUUCCAACGGAUCAGGAAGAAUGAGAGUGAGGAUGUUCACUUCUCAGUUGAGGUGAGCUAUAUGGAAAUCUACUGUGAGCGUGUGCGAGAUCUCCUCAACCCAAGCAACAAGAACGCGCUGCGAGUCAGGGAACAUCCAUUGCUAGGACCCUACGUGGAGGAUCUGUCGAAACUAGCUGUGCAGUCAUUUGAGGACAUUAAAAACCUCAUUGAUGAAGGAAACAAAGCAAGAACUGUAGCUGCUACAAACAUGAACGAGACCAGCAGUAGAUCUCACGCUGUCUUCACCAUCAUAUUCUCACAGCGCCGAUAUGACUCAACCACAAACAUGAUUGGAGAGAAGGUCAGCAAAAUUUCCUUGGUUGACUUGGCUGGCAGUGAGAGAGCCGACUCAACAGGUGCAAAGGGAACUCGCUUGAAGGAGGGCGCCAACAUCAACAAGUCCCUGACCACCCUGGGCAAGGUCAUCUCGGCCCUGGCAGAAGUGAGCGUCGCACCAGCCAAUAAGAAGAAGAAGAAGAGUGACUUCAUCCCCUACAGAGACUCUGUCCUCACAUGGCUGCUGAGAGAAAACUUGGGUGGAAACUCCAAAACAGCCAUGAUUGCUGCUCUCAGUCCGGCUGACAUCAACUUUGAUGAAACCCUCAGUACACUCAGAUAUGCUGAUCGUGCCAAACAGAUUAUGUGCAAGGCCGUGGUUAACGAGGAUCCGAAUGCACGGUUGAUCCGAGAGUUGAAGGAAGAGGUAGCAAGGCUGAGAGAACUCUUGGCUAGCGAGGGCAUUGAGAUACAAGCAGUUGAUACAAAUUCUGACAAUCCCGUGAAGUUUACAACGGGUAAUGCCAGCAUGUCCGAGCAUGUGAAGGCCUUGCGGGCUCGGAAGAACUCGGUGACUAUUGAGGGAGGGGAAGACGCAAUGGAAAGACUCCAGAUGUCGGAGAAACUUAUUGCCGAACUUAAUGAAUCAUGGGAAGAAAAACUCCGUAAAACAGAGGCCAUUCGCAAAGAAAGAGAAGCUGUGCUGGCCGAAAUGGGAGUAGCCCUUAAAGAAGAUGGUGGAACAAUUGGUGUGUUUUCUCCCAAAAAGACCCCCCAUCUUGUCAAUCUGAAUGAGGACCCCUUGAUGUCGGAGUGCCUCAUCUACUACAUCAAGGAUGCGACGACCAGAAUUGGUCGAGCAGAGGCAAAGAAUCUACAAGACAUCCAGCUAAAUGGAACCUACAUCCUAGAGGAGCACUGUCUGUUUGAAAACAAUGAUGAAAACGUGACGCUGGUGCCGUUUGACGAUGCACUGUGCUAUGUGAAUGGGCGACAAGUCAUGGAGGCCACCGUCCUGAAGACUGGAGCUCGGGUGAUCCUCGGGAAGCACCAUGUGUUCCGCUUCAACCACCCCCAGCAGGCUCGGCUGAGUCGUGCCUUGAUGACAGAGUCCAUAGACAUACCCAUCAGUGAGCCGGUGGACUGGAGUUUUGCUCAGCUGGAGUUGCUGGAGAAACAGGGGAUAGAUCUCAGGAAGGAGAUGGAGCAGAGGUUGCUGAACCUGGAAGAGCAGUACCGGAAGGAGAAGGAGGAAGCAGACAUACUGUUUGAGCAACAGAGGAAGGACUACGAGUUUCGCAUCCAGUCACUGCAGGAGCAGGUGGAGAGACACUCCAUGAUGUCCAGCUGUGUGACGGACGACUUCUUCGAGGAUGAAGAACCAGAAGAAUGCAAGUGGUCAAGUCGAGAGAGGGAUUUGGCAGCUUGGGGGUUCCGGAAAUGGAAGUACCACCAGUUCACAUCACUCAGGGAUGACUUAUGGGGCAGUGCAAUAUUCCUCAAAGAAGCCAAUGCAAUUAGUGUGGAAUUAAACAAGAAGGUUCAGUUCCAGUUUGUCUUGUUGACUGACACCCUCUACUCGCCUCUGCCUGGCGAUCUCAUGAACACUGAAGACAGGGACUACAGCCGACCGUUCCCCAAAACAAUCGUAGCCGUUGAGGUACAGGAUACUAAAAAUGGCGCCACUCAUUACUGGAAUCUGACGAAACUUCGACAACGGUUGGAACACAUGCGAGACAUAUACAAUGAAGACCUGUCUCCGGACACACCUGAGGCAAAACAAGAUUUUUUCCAUUGUCUCGCGGGUUGCGGACAACAGAACGUGUUUAACUUUUAUAACCUUAUCCCAUCCAGACAACGCCUGGAGCUGAUGCGGGAGAUGUACCACAACGAAGCGGAGUUGUCUCCCACGUCCCCCGAGCCAAACAUUGACUGCAUGAGCGGCAGCGACCCUUUCUACGACCGCUUUCCAUGGUUCAGGCUUGUCGGCAGAGCAUUUGUCUACCUGAGCAAUCUCUACUACCCAGUGCCCCUGGUACACAGGGUGGCCAUCGUCAGCGAGAAGGGGGAGGUGAAAGGUUAUCUUCGGGUCGCUGUACAAGCUGUCACAGAAGCUGAUGAUGCCCCUGACUACACCCCAGGAAUCAAACAAUCAGGGAACGCCAAAAUCUCAUUUAGCGAUGCCGAUUAUUUUGCAUCAAAACAACUGACCCAUACUGAAUUUCCACCAGCCGUUAUCGGGAAACCACCGGUGUCUGUUCCCUCGAUGGAGAAUCUGAGAAUAGUGGAGGGAGAAGGGCAGUCACCAGAAAACACAGACACAGUCAAAGUACAGGACCAGAACGUGGCUGACAGCAAGAAGGUGGUCAACCUUGACCAGUGUCCAGAUAUGAACUCCAAGGAGCUGCCAGAGCACCUCCAACUGGGCUCACAGUUCCAGUUCCGGGUCACCGUACUCCAGGCCUCGGGAAUCUCACCAGAAUAUGCAGACAUCUUCUGCCAGUUCAACUUCCUGCACCGACAUGAUGAGGCGUUCUCCACCGAACCUCUAAAGAACACAGGGAAAGGCCCACCACUUGGCUUCUACCAUGUCCAGAACUUCACAGUGAACGUGACCAAGUCGUUCAUCGACUACGUGAAGACACAGCCUCUGGUGUUCGAGGUGUUCGGUCACUAUCAGCAGCAUCCACUGCAUGAACAAGCCAAGGAGAGACCCUUCAGGAUUCGAUCCCCACCAAGCCGGAGUUUCCCAUCGCACCUGCCAGUGUCGAAACCUGUACCGUCGCCCAAGUAUGGUGUCAUCACUGCCCCAAGAAAGAGAGACUUGUCUCUUGUAAUGGACAUCACUAAGGCUGCUGGGAUUGGCUCGAGCCCUGUGUACUCCAGAUGUGAUCUGCUGGUGUGGUUUGAGAUCUGUGAACUGGCCCCCAAUGGAGAGUACGUGCCUGUGGUGGUGGACCAUGGGGAAGAGCUGCCCACCAGGGGGAUCUUCAUGCUACACCAGGGUAUACAGAGACGCAUCCGCAUCACCAUCGUACACGAGCGGCGGCAUGAACUGCUGUGGAAGGAUGUGAAGGAGCUUGUUGUUGGUCGUAUCCGCAACACCCAGGAGUACCGAGACUAUGACGGUGAGAUGACCGUCCUCUCCCUCAACCUCUUCCCUGCCCACUUCCUUCAGUACUCCAACGAUGACAGAGUCUUCUUCCAGUUUGAGGCUGCCUGGGACAGCUCCCUCCACAAUUCCUCCCUGCUCAACAGGGUCACACAGUAUGGGGAGAGAGUGUACAUGACUCUCUCCGCAUACUUGGAGGUGGAGAACUGUGCCCAGCCUGCUUGUAUCACUAAGGACCUGACUCUCAUCAUCCACUCCAGGGACACCAAGAUCUCAGCUCCAAGUAAUCGUUUCAGGGCUCUGCGCAGUCUCUUUGGGGGUUCCAAGAACGCAGAAAGCAACCGGGUGUCUGGUGUCUAUGAACUGUUCCUCAGGAAAUUCUCUGAGUCAAGUAGCCCUGGAGUGCAGCGGCGUCAGCGACGCGUUUUGGACACGUCGUCUACAUAUGUGCGUGGCGAGGAGAACCUGAACGGUUGGCGCCCCCGUGGAGACUCCCUCCUGGUGGACCAUCAGUGGGAGCUGGAGAAGCUCACCAGGCUUCAGAUGGUCGAGAAGGCCCGGCAUGUACUGUUGCUCCGCGAGAAGCUGGCCGAGCAGAACAAGACGUCGGAGCUGAGCAAGCUGGACAAGGACAUCGUCAACAUGCAGGCCAAGUAUCGCAGUCAGAAAGCCAAGGAGGAAGAACUGAAAGAGUUACGAUCUGACGAGAAUCCUAAAGAUGUUGACAUUAAGGAGAAAGAUUUGACAAAAACCUCAAACAUUUACGACUUGAAAACGGAUGGGGACAGAGAAAAGGAGCUUGCUGCUAAAUGUGUUAAGCUGAUGCUGCAAGGAAAACCACCUCUCAAACCUCCACCUGUCAGGACUUCGCUGACAGACUCCAUGUUAAGCUCGACGACUGCAACAUCAGAGGAGAGUGACAGUAUGCAGCAGUCAGGAGCAGAAUCUCUGGGCAUCAGCUUGACAAGUUCAACAGCAUCUGAACUCUUCAAACCCACCAACCCCACUAUAAUCCAGCAGUCCAGAUCUUGUGACAACCUGACCUCAACCCCCAACAGCAGUGCAGAGAGCGGGGACAGGAAGCUGUCGCUGCCGCUGAAGGGGAUCCGUGCCGACAUGGAGCUGCCCAUGUAUGUGCCCGACGUGGAGGAGGUGCGCGUCAGUCCCGUUGUGUCCCGCCGCGGCUAUCUCAACUUCAUGGAAGACAAAAGCAACGGCUGGGCUAAGAAAUGGGUGAUCGUACGUCGUCCAUACGUGUACAUCUACAACAAUGAGAAGGACCCUGUUGUCCGUGGGCUGAUCAACCUGGCAACAGCACAGAUCGAGUACAGUGAGGACCAGCAAGCUAUGCUGAAGACUCAGAACACGUUCUCCGUGAUGACGAAACACCGCGGGUUCCUGCUGCAGACUUUGGAUGACAAGGACUUUCACGAUUGGCUGUACGCCAUCAACCCCCUGCUGGCUGGCCAGAUCAGAUCCAAGCUGUCAAGACGGAAGCAGGCAGUCAUGAUAUAGAACAUGUUGUUAUCAGUAAUGGUAGACUGUCGAAAACACUCUCCACAUAUUUCCCAGCAUUCCAUUGUAGCAACAAGGGAGAUUACUGUAAUCAAAUUUGUUUACAAAAGGGACAUAAAGAAUGUGAUAAGUGUAUAAAGUUGUAGUGUGUUCCUAAUCUGGUACGUCAACAAAGCUGCUUACAUGAAAUCAGAGGCCAAAAUAUCUUCAAUCAAUUCUGAAAAAGAAAAUUGUACUCCAGUUUUGGUUAAAGUGGGGCAGCCAAGAGAUGAGAAGACUUCAGAAUGAAAUGUGCGUGUCAAGUUUUGAAGGUUGUAUAUGAAUGCUUGGGCAGCCCCUUGAACAGGGCUGAGAUGGUAUAUUUUUUUCCUGAUGUUUGUUUUGUUGCUGUUAAGUUUCUUCAUUAUUGAUUGAAGAUCCGAUCAUGUUAUGUAAUCAAUUCCUGAGAAUUUGAAAGACUUGAUCCAAUAUUUGGCAAACUUACUCGAAAUCAUGACACAGAAGGCAUGUUCAUUCACUCUGGAUGAAAAAUGAUUUUGUUUCACUUAAUUUGAAAUCAUUUUGGCUUUAGCAACCACAAGCCCGAAAUAGCUUAGCAUACCCAAGGGAAGUAACUCCUGAGACCGUCGAGCCAAUGUGUUCAAAUAUUUAUGUCACGUGACAUUGUUUGUUUUGUGUGAGAAAUUGGUGCUUCAUCCAAAAUGUCAUUUUCAUGCUAGGAAACCCUUGUUUGAUUAUCUCCUAAUUAUGGAAGUGAAAUGUAAUUAUCCCGAAUUUUAACAGAUAUAGAACUGAUGUUCCACAAGGAACGCAUUAAAGAAGAAGAGCCAGUUGAUAAUAAAGAAUAGCAGUAUAAUUCAGUCUGACUGAUAAUUAGUUUUCAGGUGGAUACUGUGCAUUAAGUUGCUCAUCCUGAUUCUUCUGACACUCAACAGCAAUCAGUGCUUCGUCCCCUCAAGUAUUUCGAUGUGUUAUAACCUGAUAUCUCAUCUGUUUCGUCAUCAGUUAUGGAGGUAAUCAAAGCAAGGUCACGUUUCAGUUCUGAUAUCCGGAAAGUGUUCAUGUAGGAUAAUCGCAAUAUGUAGUAUACUUCAUGUGAAUUUUGACCUCAAGUCAUGUAUUGCCGAAUCAAUUAUUCUACCCAACUAUCUACUGUGUAUAUUGUGCAUGUUGCUGUGUGGUUGAAAUUGUGAUAUUCAUGUUGACUUCCUAUCAACGUAACAUACCAGUGCUGAUUUAGUAUUUACGGAUUGGUUAAUACAAUGAGACCAAUGUUGAAUGUACUUAAAUCUUUUUGUCUUUUGGGGCAUAAUUUUAGUAGAGUGGUUGAUCAGAAGGAGUGACAAAGGAAACACCUGGAAAAGCUUCAUGAACGCUUUACUUGGUGAAGAGUGGAAUGGUUUGAGGAUGGUGAUGAUCUUACAAAAAUCAGAAUUCCAGCAUGUUUGUUCAUAAAAGGGGAAAAGCUUGACAUUUGAAUAAUCCGUGGUGAAUGUGCUGAUUGUGCUGUAUAUGUAUUCAAUAUCCAUUUGGCUUUUGAAGAUAGAAAAUAAUUUUAAGUGAUACGUUUCACUCUGGAAACCAGAUAUCUUCUGUGAUAAUGAGAAUCCGGUUUAUCUUGACAGACAUGUUAUUUGACACAGAUGUAAGAUUGAAAUGAAACACUGUCAACUAACUUCAGUUUUGAGUGCUUCUUUGCAUAGUUAUCAUGCCUUUUGAAGUAAUCAUAAUCAUUAUGAGAGUUUAAACAUGUGCAGUUCCUUCGUCACUUCUUUGGAGAACCGAUCGCUUAUCACUGUCACACUGCCGUGUGUAUCAGUUUUCACUUGCUCAGUUGACUAGCUCACCGAAAAUAUGACAUUCUUUAUCUCAAUAUACUUCCGUCGAUGUUGAAUAGUGCUCCUACGUUGUGAUAUACAUAGUUUUCAUGUCUAUUCUAGCCACAAAAUGUUAGGGACUAAAAAUGAUGAAAUAAGGCAGUAUAUUGGGUUGUGUUCGGACUCCAGUCCUUUUUGUUUGAUCAUUAUGAAUAUACUUUACCUGGCUUUCACAGAUUCAAGUAAAAUUGAGUUUCACCAUCAGUUGAAAUGGUUGAAGAACAUCAAACUUGAUGGGUUGACAUGGUAUUUUGAGACAGGUCAUCUAUCCUCCUUAACAUUUUGUGGGUUGGAUGUUUAUGUACAUACUCUGAAACCAUGGUAACAGCAUUUAAUCACACCAUGCGACUGCAGUAUAUAUACUCUCUUGUUGUUUGUGUGUUGAUGUGACCAUGGUGAAUGCUACUCCAUUCUCAAUACAAGUAUUUGGGUUUAAGUAUUUUGACCCUUGUGUGUUGAUUUCUUGAAUAUGUAAAUAUAGGUUAAUGAAAAACUUAGAAACAAUUCCUCAAAUUACAGAUCAGGAUUAAAUACAGAUUAAAAGUAUGUGACAAAUUCAGUAUCAUUUGGGGAAUCCUGAGCUUUGAAGGUUAAACCAGGAAACAGUUGAGUUUUAAGGUAAAUGAAGAAUACAUGUAGUUAUGCACAUAAUUUAUUUUGAAAUAUGGAUAAGCAUAAUUAUUUUGAACUGAAUGAAACUUCAUUUACAUUCGAACUGUGUAUCAUACUUGUUAUUAUGACAAAUAUUUUUGGACUGUAUUAUUUAUUUUUUAUUUUUGUUUUACUUUGAAACUGUCAAGAGGGUUAUAUGAUUGGUUGUGCUUUUGAACAUGUAAUGUUCAAAGAAAAAAAGAGAUUUCCAAAGAUUGUUUACAAAAUAGAUUGAAGUUACCUGGUCAUGCAUUUUGUCAAUGGCAUUUAAGGGCUUUUAACAUCAGUUUGAAUAGAUUGAAUUAAAUGAGAAAUAAAUAAAUGAUCAUGAAAUUUUAUUAAAUUAGAAGUAAGACUUCUUUAUUUGAUUAAUAUUCUGAAAGCUUGUCCUUACAUCAUUCUGGAGGAAUUAUCUCUUAUGUUAAAACACCAUUCAUAAAAAGUUACCUGAAUUAUUUUUAACCAGUUAAAGCAUUAUUUCUUAUACUCUUAAUCUUAGUUUGAAAUCAAGUUCUAGUUGUUACUGCGAUCAAUAUUAUUUUGAAAUGUAUGCACUGAAAUAAGUUGGAUUUAUUUAAGAUGGUUUUUGCACAAAUGUUUGAAAUUACCUGUAUACAUAAUGCAUUUAAACAGGAAUACAGGUAAUCAAAUAUUUUCCCUAUGAACUGUGAUUGCUAUUGUGUUUGUCAAUUGUACAGUAAUCUGUGUGCCAUUGUAUCUAGCAGAAUUUUUCAUGUAAAUUAUGUAUGUAGUGCUUGAAAUGCUUUUGUAUCAUUUCUGCUUGGCUAGCCCAUGUACAGCAUAGGUGUAUCUUGUUCAAGUUGUUGAUCAUACUAUGCAUGUCUUUUCAUAACUCUCUCAUUUAUGCCUUAAUCUGUACAACUUCAGAAGCAGAUUAUGUUUCGCAUUCUUUUAAAAUAAUGCUAGCUGUAGGAUUCUUGGCUCAAAACACAUUUGGGUUUAUUAGAAAAUGCUAAAAUAUUUUAAUACAAAACCCAAUUGUAUUUAUAUUAUAUAUUUAGGUCAUAAAUACUUGAGUUAUGAAAAGAAAAUUUCAUAUAUAAAAUCAUUCCAUGACUAUCAUAUACAAUGUGCAAUAUUUACAAUCUGUGAAAAAUACACCUGUAUUUUAUGUUGCAGUCUGAAGGCAUAUAUAAAAGUUGCAUCUUUUGUUACUGAAUUUUAUGACUUUAUCUUGAAGACUAUUUAUGGUUCAGAAUGAAAGUUUAUGUUCAUUUUGAGAAUGGGUAUUAAUACUCACUUAAUCCUCAGGUAUGUAACAAAUUCAACUUUCAUGUCCUUAAUGUAACUAUAACUUUCAAAUACUAACAGAUAUACGUACUAUUUAAGAUUAGAAAGUAAAUGGCAAAAACACAAAUAUUUAGAUUAAAUUCCAUAUUUAUUUGAAGAAUAUCUAAGUGAAGUUGUUGAUUUACUGUUUGCAAUUCACAAUGCCACGAAUGUAUUGAGAAUUUCCAUCUUGUUCUUUUUGCCAAGUCAGCAAAAAGAGACAACAACCAAUAAUGGAUGGGGCUUUUAGGGAAGAUUCCAUUUUUGGAAUCAUUCUUUAUGUUGGUAAAGUAUCCAUAUUUGGAGGUAUUUCGUGUCUUUCGAUGGGAAAUAUUCUCAACUUGAAGAAACUGUGAAUUCCAAACACUUCCUACUUUAUCUGAACUGUUUAAGAAGGGAUGUCAUAUAAUUUUGACAGGAAAUUUAUAUUUUUGUGUUUGCUUGUUAAAUGAUGGACAUCUAGUUUUAUUUGAAAUGUAUGUUUUUCUUUGGAUUUUUCCUUCCAAAACUUACACAUGUUGUGUAUGAAGAUUGAAUGUGUACAGAGUUACACACAUGAUAUGGUUGUUCUUGUUACUACGUUACUUAGUGCAACAGGGUUGCUGUUCAACUUGAGUCAAAGUUGUGCUGAUUAGGGUAAGAGAAGAUUCGCUGCACAGUGCCGCCAGCUUGAUGGAAAAGGAUCACCUAUCAGGCUACUUUGUCCCCUUUCGUAUUUCAGUUUAGAAAAUCACUAUUCCAAGCACUUAAUGGUAUGAAAACCAUGCUAUUUGUAAAUUAUUACUUAUCGUAUAUACUGUAAAAAACUGCUUUUUGCCUUUUUAUGGCUUUCCACAGAUUUUCUUGAAGGUUUGAAAAUAACUAGCACAAGAAAAUUUCAUAUGCUGUGACUGUCCUGUUUUCACGAGCCAAUCAAAUCGUUUGUCACAUCAGUGGUUGACCCACACAUUAACAUCAGAGAAAUCUGCCAAUGAAAUCCAUGUUUUGAACUUGUAUCAUCCAAUCAUAUUCUUUGAUAGUGUCAUCCAAUUCAGAUAGUUAGGCAAAUCAUUCCAACUGUCUAUCACAAUACUCAUUGGCUUUCUAGCCUGUGAUGUCAUUGUUGCAUCAGAUAUUUGUUGUAUGCAGUAUAAACUACCUGUUCGCAAUACUGUGUAUUUCUGCCAGUACGUGGAAAUAAAUAUUGCUUAGUGCAAAGUGUC